AUUUUUGUUUAACAUUCGAUAAACAAUAAGGAUAAAACAUUCAGUGUUUCUGAACCUAGUCCGGCGUUGAUAGCGCGACCACGUAAACGUGGAAUGAUAUCUUCGUUAUGGAGUUAAUGAGACCAGCAAUUCUCACAGAUUAACUUCACAAUAUAUGGAGUGAUACAAGUUUUCCUCCAUUUUUUUAAUAUACAACUCGCUCGAUGUAUUGUUCUUCGGCUCUUUUAGUUUAUACAUACUUCAGACGUAAUAAUAUUAUUUAUUCCACGCAAGUCUAAAUGAUUAUUCACUAUUGCAGGAUAUACAUAUAAAGAUUUACGUUUGCAUUACAAAUAUAUAAUGGGCAUUGCCUAGAGUCAAUAAGAGUGAUUUUAUGUUAUAAAAGGCAUCGGAGAGACAAAAAAUGAGUGAGAUAGCUCCCACGAAUGAUGUACCUGAGAAUAAUGGCGCGAUAGAGCAAUCCGCUUUCAACGGGGAAGCAGAACACGCUGCCAAGUCACCAAUACAUACAGAGGAGAAGGCACCAGAUUCAGUAUGUGAUAACGGUGUUAAGAGAAGUGCUACUGCCACUGGCAACAGUAACAUACCAAAUAGAACAAAGAAACGAAAGAAGACUCCAAGAGAUGCCACUGCACCAAGGCAGCCUUUGAGUGGUUACUUUCUAUUCUUGAACGACCGACGGGAAAAGGUCCGAAACCAGAAUCCAGGCUUAACAUUUACAGAAAUUACGAAACUUUUGGCUGCAGAAUGGAGUAAAUUACCAAUCGAUCAAAAGCAGCAUUAUUUAGACGCAGCUGAACAAGAUAAAGAGCGCUAUAAUCGUGAAUUUAGUGAUUAUAAACAAACUGAAGCAUAUCGACUGUUCACUGAAAAACAGUCAGAAAGGCAAAAUGAAAAUAAAAAGGAAAAGAAUGGCGCGGACAUGAAUGUUGAACAAAAUGAUGUCCAGCAGUAUAAGGAUAAUGAUUUUACAGGUUUUGAUAUCCCUAUUUUUACAGAAGAAUUCUUGGAUCACAACAAAGCCUGUGAAACUGAAUUGAGACAGCUGCGGAAAGCUACAUCCGAUUAUGAAGCUCAGAAUGCGGUCCUUCAACGGCAUGUAGACAGUCUGCAUGCAGCAGUGAAUCGUUUGGAGUCCGAAACUAAUCAACAACGAACGACCAAUCAAUCUCUGCAACGUCAUUUGGAUUCGAUUCGUUCCCAACUAGCAGGCUGUUUUGCCACCAUACCACUUCCAGGCACACACGACGGUGCUACUUUACAAAAUAUAGACAGUUACUUUGAGAGGUUGGAGUCUUUGUUGAACGGUAAUGCCGAACAAAGUCUACGUAAUGCUGUACGUAGUGCCGUGUCCCAUCUCGAAUUAAUUGGAUGACAAUCACCUCCAGGAAAUACAACCAGUGCGUCAUUAAAACACCAUCGUUCGAGACAUUCACAUCGAAAGUAGCAGAAAAAUUUAGGUGUGUCUAUUUUUAGCAGUGUGUAAAUUCCGCAUUUUCUCGUAUCUCUCACAAUAAUUGCCUGUCAUUUAAGUGAAUUUACAUAUGUAUUACAGCUAAUUAUUUAUGGUAUAUGACAAUAAUUUACAUUCUAUACAUCUA